AUGCGGAAAAAUCCUAAUAAGAAGAAGGUGUCACCCAUGGAAAUUGUACCCUCUGGCAUGCCUAUGGACCGUUUAGCAACUGAUAUUCUUGAGAUGUGUAGGCUUCUGAACGUACAAAAGACAAGAACCACUCCCUACCAUCCACAGUCUGAUGGGAUGGUAGAGAGGUUCAACCUUAACAGCCAUGUUGAGUACAUAUGUGCAAGAAAAUCAAAGAGAUUGGGAUAUACACAUAUUCCCUAUGUCAUGAUGGCAUACCGAUCUGCGGAACAUAAGUCCACAGGGUUCACACCCAACAUGCUUAUGCUUGGUAGGGAGACAUCACUUCCAGUAGACUUGAUGUAUGAGAUGCCUGAGACUAUGAAAGAGGAAAGUCCUAACCAUUGGGCUUGGACUCUUCGAGAGAAAUUAGAAAGAGCACACAGUUUGAUGCGGGAGAAUUUAGAAACUGCGAUGAACAGACAGAAAAUGUACCAUGAUAUGAAAUUGUCAUGGGAGAAGUUUAAGCCUGGAGAUAAAGUUUUUUUUCAUGUGGCAGAAACGGAGAAAAACAUAUUAUCCACUGCGAGAAUGCGGAAAAAGAGGUCUCAAACUCUUAGCUUUGAAGAUGCAAUAAUUGGAGAUGAGUCUGAAUUUAAUGAUAUAGAAUCGGAAGAUACAAAUGAAGUUGAAUGUCAUGAAAUAGAUGUUGUGGAAGAGUUAAAUCCAGAUGCUAGGCAAAAACGCGUUAGGAAGCAACCAAAAUGGUUGCAAGAUUAUGAGACAUAG